AUGGACUCUGAUGUAGACUCGGACUUUUAUGAACGCAUCGACAGCUUCGAUGUUGAGAACUACUUCCAAGCUAGAGCGUCUCAUCCAGGUCGCCCUCUUCCCCGCGCAACUCUCACAAAGAAUUUGACGCAGCUCCACAACCCGUAUGCCGGUAUAGACUACGCUUGGCAGCUGACCGAGACGGUUGAGUCUUUUCUGCAACGUCUGCCCCCGGAAACAACGCCUCAGAACCACAAAACGCCGUGGAUAUUCAUCUGCAACCCCUUCAUACCACGGGCGGCCAAGGUUGACAGCAGCAACACGCGGCGCAAAGAUGAUGCCGAAGCCCCUGAAGAGGAUGGGAGUAACGUGCAGAUGCUGCUGAUAGGUGCUGAGGAACGUUUGCACCUGUUGAGGUCGUUCAUCGAGAAGACGGAGGAAGCGAAGAAGACGAAGGCAGCAAAAGAAAAAGCAUUUGCAAAAGAGAAGUCUCGGGCAACUUCAGACAUACUUAACCUCGCAGCAAUGCAGAAAGUUCGCGCGGGCAAGUGGAUGCUUUUCUGUUCGCCUCGAGAAGUCAAUGAAGUCUGGGAGAUUGUGGCAAAGUCGACCGCGGACAAUGAGCUCGGAAUAGCCGCCAAAGUGGCACCGAGAAGCGAGACAGAGGAUCCCCGUAAAGACCGCCUCCUAUGCGUGUACACGGCAGACUUCAGCAACAAGGCAGACGUGCGACGUGUGCUCCAGAAGCUUCGCGAGCUGAAGCUCGUCGAGGCUCGGGGACGUCCAAUUUACUACAAGCCCGAUGCCUACACUUACAUUGGUAUCUCGUCAGGAAACCCAUGGGGCAUUCGCGCGUCCAUCUACAGCUCGCUGGAUAGUUUCUCUUAG